AAUAAGUCCAUCCGUGAAAUGUCCUUGCUACUAAAUAUUCCACGGUCAACUGUUAGUGGGAUUAUAACAAAGUGGAAGCAACUGGGAACAACAGCAACUCAGCCACAAAGUGGUAGGCCACGUAAAAAUGACAAAGCGGGGGCAGCACCUGCUGAAGCGCACAGUGCGCAGAAGUCGCCAACUGUUUACAGAGUCAAUAGCUAAAGACCUCCAAACUUUGUGUGGCCUUCAGAGAGCUUCAUGGAAUGGGUUUCCAAGGCCCAGCCACUGCAUCAAAGCCUUAAAUUACCAAGUGCAAUGCAAAUUGUCAGAUGCAGUUGUGUAAAGCACGCUGCCAUUGACCUCUAG